AUGUCUCUACUCGGCCGCAUCAAGGCUCAAAACUUGCGUCCCUCAAAGGGUUUCAUUUGCUUUAUGAGGCGUCAGAUCACAUCUUCUACCGUGACAUACCCGCUCGGAAGAAGAGAUCCUUACACUCUUCCUUUGGAACUUACUCAGAAGCUUGAAGAUCCCCUCGACGUUUCCCUCGACACCCGCCCGAUUUCCCUUCACUACAGAGUGGCGGCAAAUCUUGAGCUGUCGGCUCUCGACAACGCAGCCAAAAUAUCUCGUUACGCUGCACUCGACAGAUUCCGUUGCAGCCACACCACUGACACCUGCAACUCCAUCAUCUACGCCAUGUGCCUCGCCAAACGGUACGAGGAUGCCAUUGCUCUUUUCCAUUACUUCUUCAACAAGUCAAACAUACUUCCCAACACUUUCUCCUUCGACCUUAUCAUCAAAAUCCACUGUGAUGAAGGCCACGUCGACGACGCUCUUCAACUAUACCACCACUAUAAUGCCUUUCUUGCCCCCGAAAGCAACACGUCCACGCUUCUGGCUCAAGCUUUGGUCGAUGCUGGGAGGAUCAAUGAAGCCCUGGUUUUAGCAAGGUCGGCUGAUGUAGACUGGAGGGUUUAUAAUGUCCUGGUUCGCGGUUUUUUGAAUCUGGGAAACUACCAAUGGGCUCAUAAACUUUUUGAAGAAGACAAGGCCAGCACGUGCGAUGAAGAGGGAAUCACCUUUGUGGCAUCCACGUUGUUGGACUACUGUUUAGAGCAAGGGAACAAGGUAGCUAUGUUAUACUGUCCUCGUAAGAUUGAACUUCUGUCCGGCAAUAAGGUUCUGGAAGUUUUUCUCAAGCACGGUCAGACAAGUUUGGCUCGGCAAUAUUUCAGGAUAAUGUUAGACAAAAGCAUCUUUGAUUCAGAGACAAUCAACAUAGUGGUCAACGAAUAUUUCAAGAACAGUGAGUUUGGUGAGGCAAUGGAGACUUUUAAAAGGGUUCCUCCGGAAAUAAGACGUGAUUCCUACAGCAACAUCAUCACCAGGCUCUGUGAACGUGGGAUGGCCUCGGAGGCCGAGCCUUUACUUGCGGAAAUGAGCUCACCUGACAUUGCCACAUUCAGAGCAAUGAUUGAUGGAUACGUUAGGGUUGGAAGAGUGGAUGAUGCUAUCCGUAUCUUCAACAAGAUGGUCGCUGCAUCUCUUCGCAAGCUUGCUAUACAUCAUGCCUUUUAA